AUUGCCAUCUCUACCAUGUCCAGACCCUCCUCUCUCUCUCUCCCCGCCGUCCGGCUGACCACACUCGCGCAACACCAUGGACGCCGACGACGAGCCCAAUCCAGAGAUAACACACCCGGAGCGUGCGCCCUGCCCCUUGGAUUCGCACACUCAUGUCCGCCCAAUCUGCAAUCGACAACAUGAGGAUGGCGCGAAUAGAGAACUGCGUCAGGAAGCGAAUAGUCAAUCGCGUCAACCAAGAGAGCGGUUGGUAGCAUUAAGAUCCGGACGAGCAGCACAACCUUCCAGAAGAACGGCUGUUGCUGAAACCUCCCAAUCUUCUGCAGAAAUCCACAGGCCCUCAGAGGAGGAAGGUUCGACCAAACGGCCAACAGCAAGAUCCAGAAGAAGUGUUUGGCAAAAAAAAACAUUCCAGAAGAAAGACAGCUGCUGAAACGAUUCCCUCUCAAUCAUCUACAGAAAUUCACGGCCAAAGGAAGCUUCAACCAUGGCUGUCGUGGGUGCUAGCUUGCAUGAAGAAGAAUUACCAGACUGGAUGUCACAGCUGUUCGAGAAAUUGGACUUGGAGGUGUAUGAGGAUAGCAUUUCCACUGGGAAGAUGGCUCAAGUAGGGACAUAUCCCAUUGCAGAGGGGGGUAUUUCCACUGGGAAGAUGGCUCAAGUAGGAAAAGAUUCGACCAUGGAUGUGGAUGGCUUGCAUGAAGAAGAUCUGUCAUCAGAUUGGAUCUCACUGCUGUUUGGCAAGUCAGGCUUGGAGGCAAAUGAGGAUAGUAUUCGUUCCACAGGGAAAGUAGCUCAAGUAGAUACACCUCCACUGGUGGAGGGGGGUAUUUUUUCAGAGAUUGACAGAUCCUCGGAGGAGGAUUCGACCAUGACCAAGGCAAAGAAAGGAGAUUUGUUUGAUGAUGAUGAUGAAGAUGAAUAUGUAGAUUGGAUAAUAAAGAUAUUGAAGAGUGGGGGGGCAUGAUGAUAUCUUAUCCCGUUAUAUCCCGGAUGAAGGAGAAAAACAUGUCGCGCAUUAUGAUGUGCCGGAUGAGUUCUAUGAUCCUAUUGAAAUGGACAAUGACACCAUGGACAAUUGCAAGAGUAUGAAGAGAGUUUCUAAGAAAGAAACAAUUGAAAAUGGAAUCAAGUGGAUGAGUGAGGAAUGCUUUCUUGUUUUCACAAAAUAUGCUGAAAAGAUUAAUAAUCUUGAGGGCAUCAAGCACAGGUUUGGUGAGCUUUGCUAUCAAUGUUUAAGUGUAGAAGCUCAUGACAAGAUUUUUCAUCACUACAACUUCACUAUUGAGACAGAGCAUAGAAGUACUGAUGUUUUAACUUAACAACUUUAUUUUGCUGAAGUAAAGCAACUGUCUGGUGUUAAGUCAUAUUUCUGCUGCCCGCUGGACCGAGGUGAUGAAGGGCACUGCUAUGGAUGCAAGAACCAGGAAAUGUAUGGCCUAAAGCAUCCUAGUACAGGUUGUUAUGAGGUAGGAGCUGCUGAAAUAUGUUGGCCUUUUAUAGAUGACACUGAUUCUGGCAGUGAUGGUGAUGAUGAUUGUGGUGGCCUUGGCUGUUGACAAGGCGUCGCCUAGUCGUCGCCUAGGCGACAAGGCGUGGUAGAGGGCCAAGGCGUCGGGAGCGCCACGACCUCAGCUUGUAUGGUGUCCGCCUCGAAGGAUUAGGCGUCGCCUAGGCGCGAAUGGCGUCGAGCGGACGCCUACAGCCAGGUAGCGGACGCCUACAGCUAGUGGGGGUGGGAAAUCGAGCACGAGUCGGGGCGCGAGGCGGGAAAUCGACCCCGCAUUCGCGCCAGAACGGAAUCGGCGGGAAUCGACCGCUCCGCGCGGUAAAUCUCCCGCUCGGGUGCGGGCAGAUUCACGGAGAGAGAGGGAGAGGGAGAGGAAAAGAGAAGGCGGAGGCGGGAACUCUUGGCGGUGGCGACGGCACUCUAUCCCCGCUUGCCGCUCCUCUGUUCUAGCUUCGAGUUCCGGCUGCCCCUCCAUCCCCGCUUGCCGCUCGCCCGCUCCUCUGUUCGAGCUUCGAGUUCCGGCCGCCCCUCCACCCCUGCUUGCCGCUCGCCCGCUCCUCUGUUCGAGCUUCGAGUUCCGGCCGCCCCUCCAUCCCCGCUUGCCGCUUGCGCGCUCCUCUGUUCGAGCUUCGAGUUCCGCCCGUCCGCAUCUCCCACCCGUCCGCACCUGCUCCUGCCCGUCCGCACCUGCAGCUCAUGCACAUCAGGCCUUGCUCGCCCUUCUCCGUCGAUCGGCCGGACCUGUAGUUGUCGCUGUCCGCACCUGCUCUUCUACCUCCGUCGCCCGUCCGCCUGUUUCCUUAAAAGGGGAAGGAUGCUACAUGGGAGAAGAGCUUUUGGAAAGGAAAGGAAGGAACCUGGGCUCAAGAAUUGGCCAUGGUUUCAAAGGCGUCGCCUAGGCGUCCGGGCGCCGAAUUUUUCUGGGCGUCGGCGUCGCCUAACUAUUUUCGUAUAUGGCGCCCGCCUUGAAGGAUUAGGCGUCUGGGCGUCGCCUAGAUGCAUAUGGCGGCCGCCUUAGGGGCGAAACUGGCGCGUGCAGGGGAACGAAAAAGCACGCGUGGGAAGAGUCCCGCCCGCGAUGCGUUUCCCGCCUUAUUGCCUGCUGCGCGGGGAAGGAAUAGAAAGGGAGAGACGAGAAAGGGAGGGAAGGGAGAGAUAAACCUUUCCACGCUCCCGCCGCUGCUCAGGUCGUGCUCUUCUUCCCUGCGACUUCCCGCCGACCAGGUGCUCCGAGCGCGCGCGGCUCCCUCGCGGCGCGGCCCCGACCCCGAGCUCACGCGGCCCCGACCCCGAGCGCGCGCGGCUCCCUCGCAGGCGCGGCGCAGCGCAGGUCCUUCGCGGCUGAUAGCUCAAUGGCGAGUCCAACUUCUGCCAAUGGCGAGUAUGAUCCCAAGAUUGAUCCUGCCCGGAAGCCACCAAGAUCAACUGACCCAGGGUGGAAGUAUGCAUAUUGGCCGGACCUUGAAAACAAAGAUAAGGUGGAAUGCUUGCUAUGUGGUGAUCAUUUUCGUGGAGGGAUAAAAAGGCUCAAGCAGCAUUUGGCAGGUGGCUAUGGAGAUGCAAAACUGUGUCCAAAGUCAACCAGUGAAUUAAGGAAGGAGAUGACAGCUUACAUUGAAUCCAACAAGAGAAAAAGACCAAUAUACCUAGGUGAAGAGGAGGAAGAAGUGGUGGAGGUGGCAGCAAAUGGGUCUGCGGCUGUACAUGAGAAUGAAGCUUCUGUUGUGGAGUCUCAAGCCUCCAAGGUGCAGCCUAAGCCUAGUUCAGGUACAGCAGCCAAAAGAAGGCAAGCAACCUUACAAUUCAAGGCAAGUGACAACAAGAAAAAACCACAGACAAAGGCACCCAAAUCUGUUGUUGAGAUGAUGCGGAAAACACCAGAAGAGAUGGUGGAUGAGAGACUUGCAGAGUCUUAUCAGCCCACAAUUGUGUCCAUUACAAAAAGUAAGGAAGAGAAGGAAUAUGUGGAUAUGCAGUGGGCUCUGUUCUUCUAUGAGUGUGGGAUACCUUUUAAUGCAGCAGCUUCUAGGCAAUUUCAUAUUGCAGUCGAGGCCACAGCACAAUAUGGUUCAGGGUACAAGCCUGUGACACCUUAUCAGUUGGGGGAGCCAUUGCUUCAAAAGGACGUGAAGGCAACAAGCACUAUGAGGGAGGAUCAUGAGCGGGCAUGGAAGCAUUACGGGUGCACACUCAUGUCCGAUGGUUGGUCUGAUAAGAGGGGACGCCACCUUAUUAACUUCUUAGUGAACAGCCCAGAGGGUACUUACUUUUUGGAGUCCAUUGAUGCAUCAAGUGAAGUACAUGAUGCAAACAUGCUUGCUGAUUUGCUAGAGGAAAAAAUUGAGGGCAUUGGGAGAGACAACGUUGUUCAAGUUGUCACAGAUAAUGGUGCCAACUUCAAGGCAGCAGGCAAGCUUCUGAUGGAGAGGAUUCCUACGAUGUUUUGGAGUCCAUGUGCUGCACAUUACUUGGACCUCAUGCUGGAAGACAUAGGAAACUUGAAGGAGUUCAAGAAACCUAUUGCACGUGCAAGGCGUGUGACAACUUUUAUAUACAGACAUGGAAGAGUCCUUAGUGCCAUGAGGGAGAAGACUGGUGGGGCUGGCAUUGUGAGAGCUGCAGCCACUCGUUUUGCAACUUCAUUUCUUACUCUGAAGAGCAUGUAUAAGCACAAGGAUGAAUUGAAGUCUUUAUUUGUUAGUCCUGUUUGGACUGGGAACAAAUUGGCAAAGACCAAGGCUGGUCUUGAUGUGCAUGACAUUAUCCUCUCCACACAGUUUUGGAAUUCAGUGGAAGAUUGCCUUAGAGCAUCAGCCCCACUCCUUAUUGUGCUUAGGGUGGUUGAUGGAGAUGAGAGGCCAGCUAUGCCGGAGGUUCAAGCAUUAAUGAAACAUGCAAAGGAGAAGAUAACUCAAAGCUUUGCCAUCCAAACCAAGAAGAGUUUGCUCAAGAGUAUCAUGGCCAUAAUUGAGCGACGUUGGGAGAAACAAAUGGAUCACCCACUAUAUGGGGCUGCAAUGUAUUUGAACCCAGGGAAGCUACAUCCUCUCAUAAGAGAUGAUGAUGAUGCAACUGUUGGACAGCUAAGAGGUUGCUUUCUUGAUGUGCUUGCAAGAAUGGUGGAAGAUGAGGAUACUAGAGACAAAAUCAACGCUCAAGCAAUGGAUUAUGAAUACCUUAGAGGAAAUGCUUUUUCAAACAAAAUGGCCAAAGACAACAUUGCAACAAUGAGCCCUCUUGAGUGGUGGCGUUCUUAUGGUGACCGAGCUAUUGAGCUACAAAGAUUUGCUAGGCGUUUGGUGAGUCUUUGUGCCUCAUCAUCUGGAUGUGAGCGCAAUUGGAGUACGUUUGAAUUUAUCCACACAAAGAAAAGGAACCGGUUUUUGCAUAAGAGGCUGAAUUCUAUUGUCUUUGUUUCCUACAACCGAAAGAUGAAAGCUAGGUUCCAAAAACUACGCCACAAGAAGGGGAAGAACUUUGAUCCUUUGGUUGUCGAGGACUUCAGUUGGGACAAUGAGUGGGCUGACUCAUUGCAUGUAGCCCCUGAAGGAGCGCGUGGGUGUGAGUGUGACCUUACAUGGGACCUUGUGGAUAAUGCUGUUGGAGCAUCACAAUCACUUCGUGGUCGAAAAUUACCAAGAAGAGCCCACAACGUGUAUUCAAGAAGAAAUUCACCACAUAUUGUUGAAGGGGAGUUGGGUUCAGAAAAUGAAGAGGAAGAAAAUGAAGAUCCACAUGAUGAUGCAGAUGUCACAGAUUCUGAGGAGCCUAAUGGUGCCAAUAAUGGUGGAGAACAAGUGGAGGCAGCAACCAAUAUUCCAGGAGAAUUUGAUGAUGGCUAUUGAGACUCGAGAGAUGGGAGAGUUCAAAACUCCAUAUAACCUAUCUAUUUUGCUAGUUCACAUAUCUGCUGCCCUAGCAGCAAGUACUAGUUAAUAUUAUGCCACUAGAACCUAGUUUGUGGCUAUUUCAGAUUUGAUAUUGUCCUAAAUUAUGUUCUGCUGCUACUUGGUGCCUUGCUGUUUUGCUACCUUAUGGCGUGCACUGUGCACUACUGCACUAGUACUGAUUAGUAUGUUAUUAUAAGGUUAUGAAUUGGCAUAUUAAGUGUUGACUUGCUUCUGAAUUUUUUGUUGCACUAUAUAUUAAUAUUCUUACAAGGCGUCGCCUAGGCGAACGCCUAAUUCGCCUAGGCAGCUAGGCGGUGGUUACUCGCCGCGCUUCGCCUUACCGCCUUUAAAACCAUGGAAUUGGCAACAAACGAGGUAUGUAUGUGCUGCACUAGUGUAUAAAAUUCUAGCUUACAACGCCUAAGCAAUGUGUGUAUGGCGUCGCCUAGGCGUCCGCCACAAACGCCUAGGCGUUGUGAAGGGGGUCGGGCGCCGCGCCUCGCCGCGUCGCCUCAAAAACAUUGCCAUCAAAUAUGGGCAGCUUGGACAUGUAUGCGAAAACAAAGAUCUUGUGAGUGGUUCUUGGGAAGGACGAUCAAGCUUUGUUGCUAUCUGAGUGUUAUUCAGCCUGCUACUGAUACCGCUGGAGGAACUUUUUGUAAAUACUAUUAGCAUUUAGAAUCUUCCAGUUUCUGCCCCGACAAUAUCCUAAUUCAGUAAGGCUGAUCCAGAUGACCACUAGAGGAACUUACGUUUGUCUUUCGUGUCAAAAUAACCAGACCUAAUUCUGUUUGAAGUUGGACUAAUGUUAUUUACAGUCCAGGGCAUUAUGCUUGCCAAGGUGGUAUCUUUUGAGA